ACGUGUUGGGUGGAUGUGCCCAGGACCAUGGCUGAGGCCAUCACCUAUGCAGACCUGCGGUUUGUGAAGGCUCCCCUGAAGAACAGCAUCUCUAGCUGUUUAGAGCAAGACUCUGAGGCCUAUGAAGAUGGAGAACUCACCUAUGAGAAUGUACAAGUGUCCUCAGUUUCAGCGGGCCCCUCAGGCUUGACUUGCUCUGUACUAGCUGACAAAACAGGGGUCAAGUCAGAGCAGUCAACUACAUCCUGGAGCUCCAUGACAUCGCCAGCUGUGAGGCGAAUUCUCUCCUGUCCCACAGUCUGCUUGCAAUACUUCUUGCUUGGCCUUCUUCUAGCCUGCCUGAUGUCAGGGGUGGCUGCCAUCUGCCUGGGAGUUCGCUAUCUUCAGGUGUCUCAGCAGCUCCAGCAGAUGACCAGGGUUCUGGAAGCCACUAACAGCAGCUUGCGGCAGCAACUCCGUGAAAAGACAACUCAGCUGGGGCAGAAGGAGGAGGAUUUGCAGAGGUCCAGGAGAGAGUUCAUUCUGAGUCAGGAAGCUCUGCAGGAGAAGCAAAGGAAUCAUGAAGCCACCGAGCAGCAACUACAGGCCUGCCUGUCUGAGGUUACAAAGACCAAGGAGAGCUUGAAGAGAGAGCAGGGCCUCUCUCUCCAGAGGAUGACCUUGAACCAGAGGCUGGUUGCCAUGCGGGACACACUGAAACGCUUCUUUUCGUGCCGCUCAUCAGACACCUGCUGUCCACUGGGAUGGAUACUGUAUGAGAAAAACUGUCUUUACGUCUCACCUACUCGAAAAACUUGGGAGGAGAGUCAAGAACAUUGUACAUCUCUGUCUUCCAAACUGGCCACCCCAAGUGAAUUUCCUUCAUACACUUAUUCAUCUUCCCAGCAGCAUUUGUUGAGCAGCUUAAGAGAGUUGGUAUAUAGUGGUUCAGAUUCAUAUUGGAUUGGCCAACAGGACAGCCAUAGCUCACAACAUACUCGCUCAAAAUCAUGUACCAGGAUAAACGGCUGGUUGUGGAAAAAAUCGCAAUCAAAGUGUACAGAGUCUUACCCCUGCAUCUGUGAGUUGGAAGUUUUCACAUUUCCAGAUGGGGACUAUUCUUUGCUGGACAUUCAUGCCAAGGAGAGUUUGUGACUUGGAUCCUAACAUGUGGCCUGCAGGUUAAGAUUGCUAUUCCCAGCCAGGCGUGGUGGUGCACGCCUUUAAUCCCAGCACUUGAGAGGCAGAGGCAGGCG